AUGGUUGACGCAAACAUUAUUAACAACAAAAAAAGAAGAACAGAAAUCGGUGCUGAUGAAAUCGAAAGUAUUUAUAUUGAUGAUGAAAUAAUUCAAAUUUACUUGAAGAAAAAAGGUUUAUCAGCUGAUGGUCAUGCUCCACCUCAUCAUCCACCACAUCAUCAUCAUCAUUAUGACCACCAUGAACAUUAUGACAGAGAUGAAAUUUUAUCAUUAUCUGAAGAUGAUGAACCUGGUACUCCAAGUGGUAAUGAAUCUGAUUCAGAUCAUGAAGAACCACCAUCACGUCAACCAAAACCUCGUCACCCACCAUUUCCAAAGCCUCAUAGAAGACAUCAUGGUAGACACCAAAGACCAAAGAACUACCCACCACCUCCUCCUCCACCUCCUCCACAUCAUUUUUCAGGGCAUCAUCAUGGUAGUUACCCACCUCCUCCUCUCCCUCCACCUCCUCCAUUCUAUCAUGGAGAACAUGGUUUCCCAGGUUAUGGUUCUGCUCCUCCUCCUCCACCACCACCACCUCCAUUCAAUCACGGCGAACGUGGUUUCCCAGGUUACGGUUCUGCUCCACCACCGCCACCUCCUCCUCCUCCUCCAUUUCAUCACCAAUCAGGCAAUUAUGGUGGUUAUCCAUACCCACCUCCUCCACCACCACCUCCAGGUCAACAUCAUGGUUAUCCUGAUGAAGAAUACUACUCUAGUUCAAAACCACCAAUGUAUAGAGGUCAUGGUACCUGCUCUUGUCAGAAAGACCAUUUCAACUAUUAUUAUUAG